AGGUUAGAGGCACAUUGUAAAGCAAGCGGACAGUGAAGAGUAAGUAGAUCUGUGAUUUGGGCUUUACUGGUGUGAAAAAUCGCACUGAAGAUGGUGUCUUCCUACCCUUUACCGGAUGGUUUCUCAGACUUUGAUGUAUUCUCUUUGGGAUCUUGUCUGCUAGUGGAGGGUCUUCUGGGAUUCUUCCUGAAUGCUGUGACAGUCGCUGCUUUCCUCAAAAUAAGAGAACUGAGAACCCCCAGCAAUUUCCUAGUCUUGAGUUUGGCAUUGGCCGAUAUGGGCAUCUCUACGAACGCAACCAUUGCUGCUUUCUCCAGUUUUCUGAGGUACUGGCCCUAUGGCUCUGAUGGCUGCCAGACUCAUGGCUUCCAGGGUUUCGUGACAGCUCUCGCCAGCAUCCACUUCAUUGCUGCCAUUGCAUGGGACAGAUACCACCAGUACUGCACAAGGACAAAGCUACAGUGGAGCAGUGCCAUCACUCUGGCUAUUUUCAUCUGGCUGUUCACCGCCUUCUGGUCAGCCAUGCCCCUCAUCGGCUGGGGAGAGUAUGACUACGAACCCCUCAGGACAUGCUGUACCCUGGACUACAGCAAAGGAGACAGCAACUAUGCAUCCUACCUGAUCCCCAUGGCCAUUUUCAACAUGGCCAUCCAGACCUUUGUUGUCAUGUCCUCCUACCAGUCCAUCGGCCAGAAAUUCAAAAAGACUGGAAACCCCAGGUUUAACACUUCCACUCCCCUGAAGACAUUUUUGUUCUGCUGGGGACCCUAUGGAGUCCUUGCCUUCUACGCUGCUGUUGAGAAUGCCAACUUGGUCUCUCCCAAAAUUAGGAUGUUGGCUCCUAUUCUGGCAAAGACCUCUCCCACCUUCAACGUUUUCGUGUACGCCCUGGGCAAUGAGAACUACAGAGGAGGCAUCUGGCAGUUCCUCACUGGGGAAAAGACUGAAGUGCCUCAAAUUGAGAACAAGUUCAAAUAAACUAAGCAUGUGAAAAUCA